AUGGUACAUUUUGGUCAUGCUAAUGCUUGUCGACAAGCAAAACAAAUGGGUACUUACUUAAUUGUUGGCGUCCAUUCUGAUGGGGAAAUUACUAAACAUAAAGGUCCACCAGUAUUUACAGAGCAAGAACGAUAUAAAAUGGUUCGUGCUAUUAAAUGGGUUGAUCAAGUUGUCGAGAAUGCUCCGUAUGUAACAACACUUGAAACAUUAGAAGAAUAUAAUUGUGCCUUUUGUGUACAUGGUGAUGAUAUUACUGUUACGGCUGAUGGUGUUGAUACUUAUCAUAUUGUCAAAGCUGCUGGCCGAUAUCGAGAAUGUAAACGAACACAAGGUGUAUCAACAACAGAUCUUGUCGGAAGAAUGUUAUUAGUUACAAAAAGUCAUCAUGAACCUGAUGAUAUAUUACCAGACCCAGAGAAUACACGCCGAAUGAGUUUAUGUAAAGAAAGUAUUAGUCCAUGGACAGGUGCUUCACAAUUUUUAGCAACAACUAAUAAGAUAAUACAAUUUUCUAACGGUCGCGAACCAAAGCAUGGUGAUAAAAUUGUUUAUACGGCCGGAGCUUUUGAUUUAUUUCAUGUUGGUCAUGUUGAUUUUCUUGAAAGAGUGAGAGCAUGUGGUGAUUAUGUUAUUGUUGGUUUACAUGGGGAUCGAGUUGUUAAUCGAUAUAAAGGAAGUAAUCAUCCAAUAAUGAAUAUUCAUGAACGUGUAUUAAGUGUCUUAGCUUGUCGAUAUGUUGAUGAAGUUGUUAUUGCUGCACCAUAUUCUGUUACGAUGGAUUUAAUUAAUCAUUUUAAAGUUUCGCUUGUUGUUCAUGGUCGAACAGAAUAUGAACCUGAUGCUGAUGGAAGUGAUCCGUAUGAUGUACCGAAAACGCUUGGCAUGUUUCAACGAAUCGAUAGUGGAAACCCAAUGACAACACAGGAUAUUAUUACACGUAUUAUUGAUAAUCGAUUAGAGUAUGAAAAGCGUAAUAAGAAAAAGGAAGCCAAAGAAGCAGCUGCAUUUCAAGCAUUUCAAAAAUUAAAAGCUGAGAAUCGAAAUGAAUCAACAGCUGUGAACAUUGAACAAAAAUGA